AUGGGACACGGGAGAAAAGAUUUGCUUUUCUACGAUUACAUAGCCAACAUUACUCAACACGCACUCUUCGAUGGCGUCGUUAUGGUAACGAUUAUUCUCAAUGCUCUCUUCAUGGCUUUGGAGACGGACUAUAAUUUAAAAUACAAACUUUUCGGAUUAUUUCAGAUAGCAGACGAAUUAUUCAUGGCCAUUUACGCUAUGGAGUUCUUGAUGAAGGUGUACGUUGAGCCGUGGCUUUACUGGACAAAUGGCUACAAUGUCUUUGAUGCUUUUAUUUUGGUUAUCUCCUUUGUUCCUGUUUUUGUGUACGGAGAAAAUCCCAAUCAAACGCUUUACAUGCGCAUCAUUCGAUUGUGUAGCUCUUUGCGUGUACUUAAAGUUGUGGCAUUCAUUCGGGGCCUGCAGGCCUUGACUGCAGCUCUCUUCAAGACCACGAAGAGUGUGGUCUAUGUCCUCAGCCUCAUGUUCCUCCUGAUGUUCAUCUUUGCCCUAAAUGGGUACUACUAUUUUGGGGACCCCACCACUGGAGACCCGGAUAACUGGGGUGACCUUGGCAGUGCGCUCUUCUCUCUGUUCGAUUUGGUGACCUUGGAUGGUUGGACUGAUAUGCAGCAGAAACUGGAUGACCUGGGGCUGGUCAACAGUCGCAUCUUCACCAUCCUCUUCAUCCUCAUCUGCUACUUCAUCCUUUUCAAUAUGUUCAUCGGCGUGGUCAUCAUUGAGAUUCAGCAUUCAACAAAGCGUUUUGAAAACGAUAUACAGAGUGAGCGCGAGGCUUCGUUGGCCCAUAAGAAACAUGCCAUCACCCAGAGACAGAAGAAUGAGAUCAGAAAGCUCAUCCAAAGCCAGACAGGCAACGAGCGCAACCUCACCAAGCUGGUGGAGACCUUCAAGAAGUCCCUGCGUCACUCUGACUACAUGGUGAUGGAGGACCUGUGCACCAGCAUGUCCUUCACGGACCUCUACUUGACCACACUGGGCCACCAGGACGCCACCGUCCACCAGCUGCAGCAACUCUAUGCGGAGGCCCUGCUAAUUCUAAGUGAGUUACUGGAGAAGGACCUCUUUGACAUGGAGCAGAAAGCCCAGAAAGGAAGGAACGUGAAAAUGAGUGAGCAAAAAUGCCAGGAAGGGGGACCUGACUGAACUAUUCAGGACUCAAAUCAUUAUUUACAUACCAAAUUAAAAAGAGGAACGUUUGUCGGCAUGCGUAUAACGUUGUGUCUCGCAGUGUUUCUUUGUUGUGGGUCGCCAUGGUUGUAUCUAGACCAGGAGCUGAGAGAUGCUGGAGUAUGGUCUUCAAAAUCACUCGGGGAUCUUUACCAGAGGUAGGCUAUAUGUUAGAUAACUGCCUAUUCCAUAUGUACUGUAAAGCACUCCAUGCAAUACAGAAAGGUCUAAAUAUGCGUCCUAAAUAACUCCUUAUUCCCCAUGUGUUGUCCACACAAUAGAGGACGGUUUUAAUAUCCUGUACAUUGCACGUCUUUUGACCCCAAAUUCCCCCACACAGGGAAUAAAAACCCAUUCAGGAUAUCUUCCAGGUAGUGUGGUUCUAAUCCGUGCCAUGUUCACACCUUCUGUAUUCUGGGCACGUCAUAGAUAACUUGAUUUGAUUUUAGACCGGUCCGCGAUGUUCUCUGCUCGGACCUGGCCUCCGCGAGGUAUAGAAUGCGGUGACCCC